UCUCUCCCUGUGGUUCAAAUUUUAAUUUUCCUUCUGGGUGCUCCGCUCCUCCUCGCCGGCCGGCCAUCGCCGCCGCCUCGCCGGGGAAGGGAGGAGGAGCUGAUGAAGCUCGGGAUCUCUCUCCCCCCGCCCCGGAGCGUCGGCGGGAGGGCCAGCGCGCCCCCUGCUUCCUCCGCGUCGUCGGCGGCGCCGUCGCAGCAGCAGGCCUUCUCGCUCCCGCGCCCGAAGCUGCCGCGGCUCUCGGAGUCGGAGGCCUUCGUCGGCCAGGCCCUCCACCGGCCCACGCCCGCGCGCCACCAGGGAUUUGGCUUGCAUGACGACUCGUCGAAGAGGAUGCCUCCAUUUCCUCCCAGUUCAGCUUCUCGUGCACACGAAGAACCCCAGCAGCAGCAACCGGUGAUCGUACCCAGCAGCACUACCCUGCACUGGAACCCCUCUCCUACAGACACUAGAUGUCGGGUUAACGAGGACGCUGAGCGCAGGUUUCAGCACCUGUCAGGUUCAGUACACAAGGUGGGGAUGGUAUUGGACUCGGUACAAACUGAUGUUAUUCAGCUAAACCGAACCAUGAAGGACGCAUCGCUUGAAUCUGGUGUUGUGCAGCAAAAGUUUGAUCUCCUAGAGGAUACACUUCAGAAAAUUAUUAAAGGACAAAAUGAUCUGAAAGUACUUGCUGAAAGCAGCACGAAAAGCAACCUGGAUCAGCUGAAUGUAAUCAACUCUCGCACCAGCAAAUUGAAUGAGAUGUCUUUGGUCGUUUCAGUCUGCCCAAAACAAGUGCAAGCAGAUUUAAGGGAGCUGCAUGGUGACAUCUUCAGGGUUCUUACAAAGGACAUGGAGGGGGUUGUUAGAGAUAUCAGGUCUCUGAGUACUAAGCCUGCUGUAAUGCCAAUGCUGCCAGACCAUGUGGUAGCAAAAGGAAGUCCCCUGAUGAACAAGAUGUCUGUAGCAAACGAAAGGCCUACAAUGAACCAGACACCAGUAGCAAAAGGAAGUCCCCUGAUGAACAAGAUGUCUGUAGCAAAUGAAAGGCCUACAAUGAACCAGACACCAGUAGCAAAUGGACGGCCCCUGAUGAACCAAACACCAGUGGCAAAUGGAAGCCCCAUGAUCAUCAACCAGGCUCGAGUAGGAAAUGGAAGGUCCCAGCUGAAACAAACACCAGUUACAGAUGCAAUGCCCCAGAGGGAUCUAACACCAGAGAUAAAUGGAAGGCCCCAGAAGGACCGAAUACCAUUAGCAGAUGGAUGUCCCCAUAUGGAACAAAUAACACCAACAAAACCCCUUCCUGCAUGUUCCACUUAUACUACAAGGGCGCCAGUUCUGAAGCCAAAGGUAGAACAGGGUAAGGUAAAAGCAGCUCACAUGGUUGGUACAAGCUACAGGCUAGCACCUUCACAGAAAGAGGAGUUGAAUGAAAAGGUCAAUCCCCAAGAGCCAACUAAGAAGGAAGCAAUUAUAAUAAUCAUCGAUUCAGAUAAUGGCAGUAAAGGGUGCACUCCCCGGAUGAUUCUGAACAUGGAACCAGAGAGAUAGUCAUCGGCAAUUACGAUUUGCCACGUACUAGUUUCUAUUGCGGCAUGCAUUUUUAUUGCCAAAGAACCAAGAAAUUCGCAGCAGAAAAAAGUUUCAAAGGAAAAGAAGCAAAUCGCACCCUCUGUUAUGUAUAUAUGCUACAGCUGACCUGAGGAAGGAAGUCGGCAGCGAGUCGGGGCCGCAGCUUGUGUGGGGGGCGAGGAAGAGGAGGACGAGAAGCGAGACACUGCCCAUUGAUGCCGCCACCUUGCUGCCAGGACAAGGGGAGAAGAGGAGGCGGGGACCUGGACCAGAAGCACAGAAGGACGAGACUGUUCACACGGUUGAAGCCGCUCCAGCGAAGCGGGCUCACCGGUUCAACCCCAAGUACGACGCGACCCUGUGGAUCACCUGCUGAGGCGGUCCGAGAAGCCAUGUCGGCGCCGGGCACACUGGCAGAACAAUGGUUGUUCAACUUUGGCAACAACAUUGCACGUAGUAUCGUUUCACCUAUGACCCCCACAACUCAAACACAUUACACAUGUACAUCAUAGAUGUUCAGGGAGGUAAAGUCCCUUUUUCUUUCAACCAUUUCAUCUGUUGUUUACGCGAGGUCCACAUGAGCAACAGACUGAAGAAUUGCAAAUGAGGUACCAUAACUAGCACUUGCAAUAUGGUAGGCAGUGAUUUAUUCUGUGUGCAGUCUAUACUUCCAAGUUAGUCCACUAGCACUGGCUGCAUUGCCUCAGAUUUCUUCCUCAGAACUUCCUAUAGCGCCGACGAUAGGUACCGCUCUCCCGCGCUCGGAUGAACAUUCUGAAACAACAUGUGCAUUUGUUAGUUACUCUUC